AUGAGUGCUCCGAUCACGAUACCCGGCCCGCCCGCGGUCGGCGGCGCAGCGCACGACGAGCCUCAGCCAGGAGGAGAAGGCGAGCCCGACUCGUUGUCGUCGUCGCCAGGCGACGUCGUCGUGCACUCGACCAGCCCGCCGUGCGUGCCUCGCCUGCCGCCCUCGCCUGGGUCCGCCCCGCCGCCGAGCCAGAGCAUCCUCCUCAACCCGCUCCCGGCAAAGACGAGGAGCCGCUCGCCGCCUCGCCUCCACAACCCCUUUCGCCGCGCCUCGCUCGACCAGCAACUCGCACCAGCGCCGCCUGCGCCUCAGCAACCUCAGCCUGCACCCGCCGCGAGCACGAGCACCCUCCCCGACCAAGCCCCGCAGCGCCGGCGCGCCCCCUCGGUCACGGUCGAGGUGUACCAGUCCCCACCGCCGGCCCACUUCUUCAACCAGGACGCGAGCGACUCGAGCGUACCCGCCACCCCGACGUUCAGCACCUCGCCCCCUCGAGCGCAGCGCGUCCCGCACGGCAUGCGCUCGCGGUCCGUCUCGCCCGCCGCGCCCCACUCGCACUCGGCCGCCGCCGCCGCCGCCGCAGCGCACAGCUCGCCGUCCGGCAACCAGUCGCUCCAGCUCCCGUCGUCGCCCGGCGGGUCUUCGACCCUCACGCUCGACUCGACGGCGUCGUCCAACGGCUCGUCGGCCGGCACGAGCGUCAAAUUUGCGCCCCUGCCGCCGGGCAGGAGGGCGCACCGGAGCAACUCGCUCAGCAUCGGCGUCGCGAGCCGGGCCCAGAUGAUCCAGAGCCAAGGUGGGACGCCCAACGUCAGGAGCGCCAAGUACGCCGGUCCGCUCGCCUGGCACGAGGGCGGUCCGCUCCCCGAGGACGUCUAUUCGUGGAAGGACGUCCAGCGCGGCAUGUCCAAGCUCUUCAAGCGCGUCAAGGGCUCGUCGACGACCUCGGCGGCGUCGGCGACGAGCACGUCGGGCGCGUCGAACGCGUCGACGGCGGGCGAGUCGGACGCAGGCGCCGACGACGAGUCGGCGCAGGGCCGAGCGCUCGCCGACGAGGGCGCCGCGUUCCGGGGCCGCAGCCUGUCGAUGUCGUCGGCAACGUCGUCGUCCGGCAGCGUCGACGAGGCGCGGCGCAUGGAGCGCGAGGCCAAGGGCAAGAGCCGCGAGAUUGAGCACAUCGAGGAGGCGAUCGAGGAGGAGCUGCCGGAGGACUCGAGGGAGGACGUGCCGGCGACGGUCGACGACGACGAGCUCGACGACGACGAGGGUCGACCGCGGUUCGGCGACGACGAGGACGACGAGACGAGCGCGAGCGAGUUGACGGCGCCGAGGACGCCGCCCGACGGACUCGUCGGCGUCGCGGCGGCGGCGGCGCGAGGCGAAGCAGGGGACGGCGACCUCGACGUCGAGCGCAGGCGGGUGCGCAAGGGCAAGGGCGUCGACGACGCAGAGCACCGCGGCGUGCAGGUUGCGUCGACCUGACGGUGGCCCUUGCGCGCGGCCGCCCCCCACUCUCGCGCGAGGGGUUUGUGCUCGCCCUCGCGGUCUCGUUCUGUAUGUCCCACUUUGCGAGUUCGACUGCAGUAUAGACGUGCACCUUCCUGCGG